CACUCGGAACCAGGAGCGGACCGGUAAUCAGUCCGGUACCGGGGAGUCGAUGGAGUUCUGACUAGAACCAGGAGGAUAGAGAGACCGCCCGGUUCUACACCACCUGGUUCUACAUCAUCCGGUUCUAGAUUAACCAGUUCUACACCUGGUUAAUGUAGGUGUAUAACAUGUAGAGUUUCAUUUAAACUCUGAGCUCCAGACUAAAACCCAGAUGUUUGGAGCUGAUUUGAUUAAUAAUCAAUAAAACAUUGAUCAAUAUAUUAGUUGAUGGCUUUUUAAUGUAAUGUUUAUUUCUUGUUUCAUAAUGUAUUAUAUUUUUAUGACAUAAAGCAUUUUGAACUGCCUUGUUGCUCAAAUGUGCUAAUCAGCUAAUAAACUGGACUUGAUUAAUCAAAGGACCGGUUCUCUGGUUCUGCUCUACCUGGAUCCAUAAUGCAGGUAUAGAUACAUAAUGCAGGUAUAGAUCCAUAAUGCAGGUAUAGAUACAUAAUGCAGGUAUAGAUUCAUAAUGCAGGUAUAGAUACAUAAUGCAGGUAUAGAUUCGUAAUGCAGGUAUAGAUUCAUAAUGCAGGUAUAGAUCCAUAAUGCAGGUAUAGAUACAUAAUGCAGGUAUAGAUUCAUAAUGCAGGUAUAGAUACAUAAUGCAGGUAUAGAUCCAUAAUGCAGGUAUAGAUACAUAAUGCAGGUAUAGAUUCGUAAUGCAGGUAUAGAUCCAUAAUGCAGGUAUAGAUCCAUAAUGCAGGUAUAGAUUCAUAAUGCAGGUAUAGAUCCAUAAUGCAUUAUGGAUCCAUGAAUCCCACCAACAACAGAUCUCAGGGUGAAAUGUAACACUGCUGAACUAAAUAAUAACUUCCUGAACUGUAGAGACGAAGCUUCACAGAAACGUCCUGAUGAACCGUCUGCCUGCCUGUCUGUCUGUCUGUCUGUCUGUCCGUCCGUCCGUCCGUCCGUCCGUCUGUUGUUUAUCAUCUCUGCUGAUCCUCCUUUUCAGAACAGAACCAGGAUGAGCAGAUCGGUUCUGGGAUGGAGGAGUUCCUCAGGGUUCCUGCUUCGUGUCUUAGAACCUCAGUUCCAUCAGAUUUCCUCAGAUAGUUUCUUGUCUCUGUCCUCAGUUUCCCAGCAUGCCUCAGGACUCCAGGUGGAGGUGUUUGAGGGGGCGGAGUCUGUCCAGCUGCCCUGUCGGGUAAAGGUUUCUGAGUCUGAUGGUUCUACAGCCGUUUGGGACCAAGAUGACCUGCGGAUCCCUACGGUCCACGUUCGCCAGCCGGACGGCGAUUACCUGAAGGACCAGAACCGGCGCUACGAAGGCCGGACUGCCAUGAUGGAGGACGCUCUGCGGACCGGAGACCUCAGCCUGACCCUGAGGAGACCCAGGUUCACCGACAGCGGGACCUUCACCUGCACGGUCCGCAGGCUGGGAGAAGAGCUGCACCAGGAGGCCGUGGAGCUGCAGGUCAAAGAAGCUCCUGCUCCGGUCUGGCCCUGGGUUCUGGUGGUUCUGGUGGUUCUGGUGGUUCUGGUGGUCGUUCUUGUUGUUUUGUACCACAGAUUUAAAAAGAAGCCGACAGCAGCAGUUCUUCCAUCUGAGACGGUGGAGAUCAGGGAGGGGCUGAAGUCCGUCCUGCUGCCGGUUAAAACUCAGAAACGUCUUCACAACGUCAGAGUGGAGUGGAUCCGUUCUGACCAGAACAUCAGGAUCCAUGUGUUUGAGAACGGCCAGACUCGGUCUGAGCUACCGGAGGACAACCGGGUCCGGACCAAGAUGAGACCGAACCUGCAGGAGAGCGGAGACCUGAGCCUGACCCUCAGGACCCCCCAGCUGAACGACUCUGGGGUUUAUGACUGUGUCGUCUACAGAGGAGGAGAAAAGCUGCUGCAGAAAGCUGUGACUCUCAGGGUCAAAGAGAGCCUGAUGGAGGAGGUGGAGGUCGCCGACAGAGAAGAGUUCGUCCUUCUGCCUUUCAGAGCCGCAGCUGACCUGCCUGCAGAGAGCAACGUGGUGUGGAGCCGCACUGACCAACACAACUCUGUCCAUGAGUACCAGAACAGUCAGAACCAGUCAGACAGACAGAACCAGGAGUAUCUGAACCGGACCCAGAUGAAUCCUGACGCUCUGAGGACCGGAGACCUCACCCUGACCCUGAACUGCCCACGACUGGAGGACAGCGGCGUCUUCAUCUGCACCGUCUACAACGACCAGGAUGGGAGGAUCCUGAAACAGAAAGUUCUGAUGCUCCAUGUCAAAGUCCACCAGGUAGAAAAGGUUUCUGUGGAGGAGGGCAGAAGGUCGGUUGUUCUUCCCUUUAGGGUGGCGUCUCCCCUGCUGGCUGAAGCCUCUGCUGUGGAGUGGAGCCUGUCAGACCGAGGGAAUAAGUUGGUCUACCGAUGUUGCUGAGGCCAGGACUCAUCAGCUCAGGACCAUG